AUGGAUAAAAGUAACCUGCAGGAUCCUGCCACUUCCCACGUGUAUGAUCCAGAGCAAGUGACUUACAUCGGCCUCAGUUUUGCCACAUCUGAGUCUUACCCCAGGUUCUGCCCUCAAGGCUGGUCUGCUGCUUCUGGGUCUCCCUCACCCCCGAAACCAGCCCCACGGUGCCCCGCCACCGGCUCGCAGGGGUCGCAGGCGAGCAGCACCACGCACCGCACGGGGAAAUGGGCCCAAAGGCGCCGGAAGAAGGCGGACGCGGCCCACGGCGCCCACCCAGGCCGGGAAGGAGGCGCCCAGGCUGCAGCGCAGAGCCGGACCCCCGCAGCUCAAAUCUGGGCUCGCGGCCGCCCGCGCUCGCGACCAGACACGGGGCGCGCGCCCCGGGCCCGCGCACACUCACCCGUCCGCGCCGCCGCCGCCGCCGUCGCCCUCACCGCCGCCCGGGAACGCGGAAGGUUGGGGGCAAAGCUGCCCCUCCGCGCCUCAGUCUCCCGGCACCGCCGCUCGCGCCCCGCCCGCCGCCCGCGGCGCGCGCCGCCCUCCCCGGUCCCGCCCCCGGGCCGGGCCGGCCUCGCGCGGUCACCCCACCGGGAGGAGCCGCCCGCCGGGCUCGCCUCAGGGCCAAGAGGGAAGCCGGCUCCCGGGGCCGUGUCGGAGCCGAGCUGGGAGCUGCCUUUCAUCAGCCAGGCUUCCUCCCGGGAUGCCGGGAGGCGCCUCCGCGCUCGCCGAGCACGUGCGCCGCGCCCCGGCCUGCGGGAACAAGUUGGGCGAGAAUCGGCUGCUCAAGGCCAGGGCCCCUCUCCGAGCCUCCGUCUCCCUAUCGUGAGAGCCCAGGCCACGUCUGACAGUCACGGGAUCGUGGAUGAGGCAAUAUUUGGGACCAGAAACUUCUCAGGGACUUUGUUUUUAACGAAAAAUGCUCUGUGCCCUGUGUUGAGAGCAUCAGCGUGGCCGUCUGGCUACCUGAGCUCUAAGCCCGGGGUCUCCAGAUUUUAGAUCAUCUUUAUAGUGUUUAACCUCUCUGCGCCUUCGUUUUCUGUAAAACAAAACAAAACAAAACAAAACAACAACAAACAGAUUAUAUCACGGGACUGUGUAGUAGAGUUUUAAUGAGAUAAUCUGUGUGGAGUGUAUGCAACUGCCAGAGGCAUGAUAGCGGCUCACUGGGCAUUGGCCAUACCCCCACCCCCGCCUCCCAUCACCAUCACUGGGCGUUUCAGGGGGAUCUGCAGCGAAUAGCGCCUCCUCCCCUGAGGAAACACUAACCUUGUGCAGGUUCCCUUAGGGCACGUAUGGACAGAUGCUUCCACUGUGUUUAUACAAAAGGGACCACCUGUUCUGUUGUGCACCCGGCUUUUUCAUUCAGCAAAGUCCCUUAGCAUUCACCUCCUGACCGUGUGCUCUGCUCUGCCUCAAUUCUUUUUAAGGGCUGCAUGAAUGUCCAUAUACUGUAGGAAGGCUCUUUUUCU